AUGAGUCAAUCACUAUCCGUGCCUCCGUAUUUUGACAAAAGCAACUAUGCCUAUUGGAAGGUCAAAAUGCGUGUGUUUCUUAAGUCCAUAGAUGAACAUGUAUGGGCGAGUCUACAAAAUGGUUGGAAACCUCCUUCCACAACUAUGUCAGGUGUUGUAACCCCAACUGACAUUUUCCUUUGGACUAAGGAUGAAUUGGCUGAAUGCAACUGGAAUAGUAAAGGUCUCCAUGCAUUAUUUAUGUCUGUAUCUCCUGAAGAGUUUAUGAGAGUGUCAAUGUACGAAACUGCUAAAGAGUUGCAAAUGCUGGCCUCAAGGUUUGAAGAAAUCAAGAUGAAGGAUGAUGAAUCUUUUGAUGAGUUCUAUGCUAAAUUGAAUGAUAUUGUUAACUCUAGUUUCAACCUAGUUAAGAUAGAAGAACUCGUAGGAUCCCUUCAAACUUAUAAACUCGCCAUUUUACAACCGAGUAAAAAUAAGUCCAUAGCCUUGAACACUGUUAGGAAAGAAGAGUCAGAGUCAUCUGACGUGAAAACUCUUAGAGAUGAGGAGAUUGCAUACUUUGUGAAGAAAUUUCAGAAAGUCUUAAAGGGCAAAAAAUGGCCUCAAGAGAAAAUAAGAGAAGCCCCUAGUAAAUUACAAAGAGAGAAGAAUGAUAAAUCAACUGCUAGGAACCCUGGUAAGAAAUCUCAAGUGGGUCGGUGUCAUGAGUGUCAGGGAUUUGGGCACUAUAGGAAUGAAUGUCCUAGCUUUAAGAAAAAUCUAAAGAAGGGAAGUAGCAAGGCAUUAGCUGUGUCCUUGACUAAUGAUGAUUCUAACUCAAGUGAGCAAAGUGAUUCCUCAAGCAGUGAGGAGGAAAAAGGCUAUAUGGCUUUUGUAUCUACUGUCAAGAGCGAGUUAGAUAAGGAGAGUGAGAAGGUUGAGGAGGAGGUAGAGAGUAACAAGUCUGGUGAUGAUUCGGAGGAUGAGAUGGAUAUACAUGAAGCUUAUCAACUUCUGUUUAAGGAAAGUCUCAAGAUCAAAAAGGUAAAUAAAGCCCUAUUUAAGAAGGUAAACGAGCUUGAGAGAGAGAAGGAGAAAAUCACCUAUGAUCUUCAAGUCUCAUCUAAGAGUCUCAGUAAGUUGAAGUGUGUCAAUGAGAAAUUAGAGGACAGGGUUAAGACAUUGACUUGUGAGUUAGAGAAAUCCAGCACUCAACUGCAGUCUGUGAGUGAAACUAAGAAACUAGACGAUCUGCUAGGAAUGAACAAACCAGCUAGAAAUAGGCAAGGUCUAGGAUUUGUGAAGAGUGAUGACAAUGUAUCUAGCUUGUCCAAGACCACAUUUGUCCGUGCUACCAACAGAUCUAAUGUUUCAACCAAUCCAGAAUCCAAAGACAAGAAUUUCACUGGACGAAAGGCCACUAGAGCUCAUAAGGUUUCUACACCUAAAUUUCAGGAUCAACACUCACGUACAUCUGAACCUAGGUUCAUACCCACUUGUCAUCACUACGGUGCUUUAGGUUACACGAGACCUAGGUGUCGAAAGCUAACAAAUAGGAAUAGAAGUCAGGAUAUCCCUAGUCAAGUAAACUUCCUUUCAAAUCAGCAUAUAAGGCUCAAAAAACAUGCAUGUGGUAUCUUGAUAAUGCUUGUUCUAGACACGUGUGGAAACAAUGCCUUAUUCUCUACCUUCGACGACUGCAACGAUGGUGUAGUUACCUUUGGGGACGGAGCUACGACACCCAUCCGAGGUAAUGGCUCUAUCACCAUUGCUGGACUUCCUACAACAUCUAAUGUGCUUUAUGUAGAGGGUCUUAAAUCCAACUUGUUGAGCAUUAGUCAAAUCUAUGAUGCUGACUAUGAAGUGAGUUUUGUCCAAAAGAGAUGCACUAUUUAUAACACUUCAGGUGGUGUUGUUCUUGAAGGUGUUACAACAUCUGAUAACUGUUAUGGAGUUCUCCCAAACUUGAACUAUGUGUGCAGUAGUGCUAAAAUUGAUAUGUCUGAACUUUGGCCUCAAAGGCUCAUCAUGUUAAUUACAGAAGUCUGUCUAAAUUGGUCAAAAAGAAGAUUGUCGAUGUUUUACCUAAGAUUGAUCAAAGUGAGAAGCUGUGUGCAAGCUGUGUCAGCAAGGAAAGCAACUCAGGAUGAACCAUAA